UCUACUGGCACUGACACAGAAUCUCCAACUGACCAGUAGAAAGUCGAUCAACUUAUUUAAUAUAUCUGUUGUUUUACGUUUUACUUUCAUUUUGAGAACGAUUUGUGUCGUUGUGUUGUUCGGUUAUUAAGUAUAUAUAUCAGUUGUUUUACGUUUUACUUUCAUUUUGAGAAAGAUUUGUGCCAUUCGGGUUUAUGGAUUCUAGUUUGCUUGUGACUUGUGAUUUUGACAUAAGGUACCGUCGUCGUAUAGAACGAGACCGCUAUUUUACCCAGGGUAUUGACCUCAGUGGAAUGGCGACAACGACAGCCGGAAGUAAACUAGCCCAGGAGAUCAAUGAGGAAUUUCUUACAUGUAAAAUCUGCCUCGAACCAUUUAAGUCGCCAAAAUGUUUGGAUUGCCUGCACACUUUCUGCGAACCAUGUAUAGAUAAUCACGUGCUGACAGAAUGUACCUAUAAGAAGUAUAGUGACUAUAGAGAGUUUACCUGCCCUUUAUGCCGGAAGCGAACCCAGCUACCGAUAGGUGGCGUCAAGAAACUUCCGGAUAAUUUCCUGGUAUCUAGUCUAUCAGAGGUCGUCACCAGACAAAAGCCUUCCAAAUUUCCCUUCUGUGACAUCUGUAAGCUCGUGAACCGGAAGCACCGCGAGGCCUCGUCUAAAUGUUUGGACUGUAAUAAGUUAUUGUGUAAACAAUGUGUGGAUUUACAUAAAGAGACAAAGGUUACCAAAUCACACAGUUUAUUCGAUGUGGAAAUCGAGAAGGAUAUCGAAUGCAAGGAACAUUCGGACGAAGUAGUCCGGUUUUACUGUGAGCCGUGCGAGAUGUGUAUCUGUGUUCUUUGCACCUUUAACGAACACAAAGAUCACGAAAUAACCCAGUUUAAUGAAGCCGUCGUUAAAUAUAAAGAAGCGAUACAAACUCUACUGACCAGUUGUAAAGACCGGAUUGAUGUUUACGAUUCGCAGCUCGAGCUCCUGAAAAAAUGCGAGAAUCUUAUCAAGGCAGCGGAACAAAAGAUCCGGGACGUAGCCAUCCAGUUCAUUUCGGACAUCAGGAACAAAGAGAAGUCACUGAUAGAAGACCUCCAUGAUAUAUACGGAGAACAGUUGAUGGAUUAUGUCUCGAGACGAAGUGACAUGCAGGUCAACCUGGAUAGUUUGAAAAGCACAUGCAAUCUUACAGAGAUUGUUUUAAAGGGAAAGGAUAUAGAGUUGCUACUACUGAAGAAGCAAGUCCAGGAAAAACUCUCUUGUCUUUCGGAUAUAGAAUUGGAGGAGCUUCCCAACUCCGUUCACAAGGAAGUUGUUUUUAACCCAGGAAAUCUAGAACUUGGUUACUUGGAAGACCCCGAUAAACCUACAAAGAAGAACAGUCCAAGGAACUACCGAGGAAGCAAUCUUCACAUCCGGUCCACGGAAACGCAGACGGAUGUUGAUCCGCGGUUGGAGAAACCACGACAAUGUAACCGUGCGUUACAGGCCAACUCGUACGAUAUAGAAUCUGAGACGACGGUACAUACUUUCGACUUAAACGUGGACGACAAGAAUACAUCAACGGAUAUUACUAUCAACGUGGAUGAACAGAGCUACAACAAUCAUCGAACAUCCAGACAUAUACAGGAUGAUAAUCAAUCAGAGAAUUCCGUUCCUGAGCCCAACUCUUCCCCUGUUCCAAGAAGACAACGACGUCGAAGGGAACGACCAAAGCCUGUAGAGGAGGACGAGAAAAAAGAACCAGUGGCGCCAAGGGUGGUCUUGAAACAAGAUGAGCCAAAAGUGGAAGUACAAAGUCAGAAAGCGGCACCAAGAGUGGUUUUGAAAAAGGACGAACCGAAAGUUGAAGAAACCCGCGAGAAAAAGGAACCACGUGUGUUUGUGAAAAAGGACGAACCGAAAGUAGAAGAAACCCGGGAGAAAAAAGAACCAAGAGUCUUUGUGAAGAAAGAAGAACCUAAAGUGGAGGAAGAACUGGUUUUAGUUGAACCGGAAAAACCACGUGAACUCACGGAAUGGGAAAAACGUGUCCUUGAGAAACAGAGACAAAUACAGAGAGAAAAGGAGAAGCAGGUGCAGAAAGAACAGGAAAUGGAACAGACGAGAGCUCGCGAGAAAGAACGAAUUUCUGCCACAGAACGUGAGAAGAAUGCACGUACUCAGAGAAUCGAAGCAAAACGCGCAGAACUAACAAAGAAUGCGAAGCAGAACGCGGACAGUGAUAGAAAUUCCAAGGAUUGUGUCGUGGCUUGAUGUCUAUAAUUCCAGGAGAAUUGGAACCAUUCCUCGUUCAAGAAGGUGGGGAAGAAAGUUACAAAUUUUGUUCAUAAAUUAGUCAACAUUUUUCUAGUUCCGUUAGUGAUUUAGAUUUUUAGCAAAAUUCAUUACUGCUCUUUCAAACUAGUGUAAAGAAUGACGUCAUUGGUAUUUUUGUAUUGUAUGGUGUCAUUGGUUAAAAGUUGUUCAGUUUUUGAUGUAAGGCUGAUUGUGAUUAGUCGAUGUAUUAUGUAAUAUUGUGAAUAGAUCAGGCUUGAUUUGUUUGACUAAAUGCAAUUAUUUAUAAUAUUUAUGUAUUUAUUAUGUAUAAAGAAACACUAACGAAUAAUUAAAUGUAUAAUAUAACUAUUUAUCUUUACAACAUUUGCCCAAUCAAGGCAAAUAUCUACAAUGCAAUUUGUUGACCUGUCUUCCAGAUUUGACCUUUUAUAUAGAAUACAAAAUAGUUAUUUCGAUUUUUUCUUUCAUUAAUUCGUAAUUUAAAAAGAUAAUAACUUGUGAAGUUUUCAGUUAGUAUAUUUGUAGAAAUGUUUAACUUUUAAUGUAUCUACUAUUUUAUUUAUCUAUUUUGUAGAAUGAAUAUUUAUUAAUGAUUGACACCGGCCAACUGUCAAAAUCUAAUCGUGUUUUUUUUUGUUUUAAAUUGUUUAAAGACCGCGAAUAAUUUUAUUUAUCUGAUGUCGUAAUUUGUUCAAAUAAAUACAACGGAGAUGUAUUUCUUCAAACGAACAUCUGCAUUUUUUUUAAAGCGCAUAGAUAAUUCAUAGUAAGUUAUUACACUUGAUUCUAAAAAUAAUUAACCAAAUUUUAAAGUAAAGUAUUUUGGUGUUGGUAAUAGAAAGGGUGUGGUGUAGUGUGAUGCAGCCGGAUCGGUCUGUCUGUGGUCGUCAUGGUGACGAUGACAUGUUAUAUAUAUAUUUAGAUUGUAUAUCAGACUCAGUAUAAUAUAAAAACAUAUAAUAAUAUAAUCCUUCAGUAUCCAA